AUGGCAUCCCCUGCAGCUGCUCUGCUGGCCAUCAGCCUGCUGGUCCUGUGGGCCUCCCCGGGGUCCAAUGCUCUAACACUACCUUCUCUGGCUCCUGGCCACCCAGCUCAGGGAGGUGCCAACGACGCAGAAGACUGCUGCCUGUCUGUGGCCCUGAACCCCAUCCCUGGGAAUAUCGUGAGAGGCUAUCGGUACCUCCGCAUCCAGGAUGGCUGCCGAGUGCCCGCCGUCGUGUUCAUCACCAAGAGAGGUCGCAAGCUUUGCGCGCCGCCAGACCAGCCCUGGGUGAACCGCAUCAUCCACAGACUGCUGAGGAAAUCUGCCAAGAGCAAGCGCCACAGCAGUUAG